GAGAUCCAACGCCGCGGUGCGCGGCCCAGCCCUUCCGGGUGCAGGUCGCGCUCGCACCAGCACCGAGCACGCACGCGGCACGGCGCUGCGCCCAUAUAAGCUAGCCGCCGGCGGCCUCAGCUAGUCAGCUGGCUCAUCACGCCCUGUGUGAGCUUGCAGAUACUACAGCACGCGCGCAGCCAGCAGGGUCGCCUCGGGCUCUCAGGCGGCUCAACCAGAGCGACGUGCUGCUAGCUGCUCGGCAGAAACUAGCUAGCCGGUAGCCAUCCCUUCCUUCCAGCUCCAGCGGCAUGGGGAUGGAACCUGUGGCCGCGAGCCGGGAGGAUGAGGAGGCCAAGAAGAUGGAGGCCGGCGGCGACACCGUCGGCCAGAAGCUCGACGCCGGCGCGCUCUUCGUGCUCCAGUCCAAGGGGUCGUGGCUGCACUGCGGGUACCACCUGACGACGUCGAUCGUGGCGCCGCCGCUGCUGAGCCUGCCGUUCGCGUUCGCGGCGCUGGGGUGGACGGCGGGGAUCACCUGCCUGGUCAUCGGCGCCGCCGUCACCUUCUACUCGUACAACCUCAUCUCCCGCGUCCUGGAGCACCACGCGCAGCAGGGCCGCCGCCAGCUCCGCUUCCGGGACAUGGCCACGGACAUCCUAGGGCCUGGAUGGGGGAAAUACUACAUCGGCCCGAUCCAGUUCCUGGUUUGCUUCGGAGCAGUCAUCGCGUGCACUCUCCUAGCCGGCCAGAGCAUGAAGGCGAUCUACCUGCUAGCCAACCCGGGGGGCACCAUCAAACUGUACGUGUUCGUGGCCAUCUUCGGCGUCUUCAUGAUGAUCCUGGCGCAGCUGCCGUCGUUCCACUCGCUCCGGCACGUCAACCUCAUCUCCCUGCUGCUGUGCCUCGCUUACAGCUUCUGUGCCGUCGCCGGCUCCAUAUACCUAGGAAACUCCGACAAGGCGCUCCCGAAGGACUACUCGGUCACGGGUGACGCGCAGAACCGUGUGUUCGGCGUGUUCAACGCCAUCGCCAUCAUCGCCACCACAUUUGGCAAUGGCAUCAUCCCUGAGAUACAGGCAACGGUGGCGGCGCCGGUGACGGGGAAGAUGUUCAGGGGGCUGUGCCUGUGCUACGCGGUGGUGGUGACGACCUUCUUCAGCGUGGCCAUCUCGGGGUACUGGGCGGUCGGCAACCAGGCGCAGGGCACCCUGCUGAGCAACUUCAUGGUGGACGGCGCGGCCGUGAUCCCGGAGUGGCUCCUCCUCAUCACCCAGCUCUUCACGCUGCUGCAGCUCUCGGCGGUGGGCGUGGUGUACCUGCAGCCGACCAACGAGGUCCUGGAGGGCCUCUGCUCGGACGCCAAGCAGGGGCAGUACGCGGCGCGGAACGUGGCGCCGCGGCUCGCGUCCCGCACGGCGGCCGUCGCGCUGGCCACCACCGUCGCCGCCAUGGUGCCCUUCUUCGGGGACAUGAACUCGCUCAUCGGCGCCUUCGGGUUCCUGCCGCUCGACUUCGCCGUGCCGGCGGUGUUCUACAACGCCACGUUCAAGCCGUCCAAGAAGGGGGUCGUGUUCUGGCUCAACACGGCCAUCGCCGUCGUGUUCUCGGCGCUCGCCGUGAUCGCGUCCGUCGCGGCGGUGCGGCAGAUCGCGCUGGACGCCAAGACCUACAAGCUUUUCGCCAACGUGUGAGGAGCUUUUGUAGUCUGCUGCGUGCAAUAGACGAUGUAGUUCGCGGGCGCUUUGUAGUCGUGUAGAGGUGUACGGUGGCUCAGGCACGCGCAAAUGUGUUUUUCUGCCUUCUUAUAUGGAGUAAACCACGAAUCUAGUCUGGGGACUGUCCAUAACCAAGCCAGACCGUCAUACCACGGCAAAAAGGGAUCACCGAAUCAGCUCCAACAAUAAUCGUGAUGCUCAUCCUGUUCCUGUAUCCAUACGAUGAGAUCAACAGACAGGUAUUGCAAUUCCUCAAGGAGGAGAUCGACAAGCGUUUGUGGGCCUGCGGUGCACCAGCUGUAUCCUAGUUUUCUUAUGAUUAUUAUUAGGCUUUUAGAGUUCGAGUUAUUAUUAUGUUUCUAAGCGAUGUAAGAACUUGCUUCUACUUCUACUUAAAUACGCAACAUAGUAGUGCUCCUGCUUUUAUUUAUUUAAAUAAUAUGUACAAAACGUAUUGUAUUACUAACUUGAACUUCCUGCAUCAAUGUAAAAUACGAUUCAGCUAUCA